AAAGCCGUGUUAUAAACUCCAAGCACCUGCCACCGUGAAAUUUGGUGGAGGGUUUGCCUAAUUGCUCUUUCUCUUCCCUUUUUCCUGGAAACUUCACAACCCCCCCCCCCCCCCCCCCCCUAAUUUUCUUCACAUCUUCUUGGUCCAAGUCUUGAUUAAAUUAUUUGAAUCUUGGUCUUCCUUUCAUUUUCAUACCCAAAAAAGGUUUCAUCUUUAAGCCAAAGUGGUACAAUAAUUUAUUGAAAUUUCUAAGUUAUUAUUUUUUGCAAGUGUGGGGGAUAAUAUAAUGGAUUCAGAUUCUUGGACUCGUCUAUUUACUUCUUCAAGGCGUUACCAAUCUCGAUCAGAAAUCUAUAACCUAGGAGAGGAGUAUGAUUGUGAAGAGGAGUCGAGGCCAGAGUUUCUCUGUCCUUUCUGUGCGGAGGAUUUUGAUAUUGUUGGACUAUGUUGUCAUAUCGAUGAAGAGCAUGCUGUUGAGGCUAAGAAUGGGAUAUGUCCGGUUUGUGCAAAAAGAGUUGGAAUGGAUUUGGUUGGUCAUAUUACUCAGCAACAUGGAAAUAUUUUAAAGGUGCAGCGCAAGAGAAGAUGUCGGAGAGGUGGUACUUCGGCUCUCUCUAUUUUAAGAAGAGAGCUAAGGGAAGGGAGUUUGCAAUCCAUCCUUGGGGGAUCCUCUCGUUUGGUUUCUUCCUCCACUACAGAGCCAGAUCCUUUGUUAUCUUCAUUCAUUCACAAUACACCUUUGGCUAAUGAAAUUCCUGAUGUUCAACCUUUAUCUUCUGCUAAACAAAGUUCAAAAAAAGAAAGCACUCUUGAGAACUCAUCUGAAAGAAAUGUUGAGCAAUCUCCGCUAUCUGACGAAGACCAAGAAGAGAUGGCGAGGAAGAGUAAGUUUGUGCAAGGGCUACUGCUAUCCACCUUUCUUAAAGAAGACUUCUAAAUGUGAAGAGGAUAAUGUUUAGCUUGGGUAGAGAAAAGAAGAGGAUGCUGUCGUUCUGUCUACUAGUUAGGUGAAGAGGGAACUCGUAAAAGUCCUGCUUAUGUGUAUAUUAAAGACUCGGUUAGUUUUCCAUCUUCAAUGUGGGCAAAUAUGCUCAUAUAUAUUCUAAUUACUUGUGUGAAGCGACGAGAAACAUAUAUGAGUAUAUAGCUAGUUUCACUAAACUUAAUCAAGUGUGGAAGCAGCUAGCGAAGGUGAAAUAAUUUUUCAUCA